CAGCUUAUAUAACCUACACAGCACUAAUUGUUUGUGUCGGCAGAGCAAUGGGUACAUAAUUGUUGGAUAUAUCUCUCAAAUAUUUUGUAAAUUCUUCAACAUUCAGUUUAGACGCACUUUUUCUCGGUGGUUCCAAGUCAUUUUCCCGGAAACUAUAGGAACUGAAGAUGAUUAAGAGAAGAUUGAAUUUCAACCGUCGAUUGAGCGAAAGCUCGGAGGCGACGACGACGACACCGAGAGAAGAAGAGAUUGAGUGGGAAAUGAGACCCGGUGGAAUGUUGGUGCAGAAACGAACCUACAAUUCGGAUUCUCAGGCUCCGAAUUUGCGCAUUCGGGUCGCUCACGGUACUAUCCGGUACGAGAUAUCCGUGAGUUCUCAAUCAACAUUUGGGGAAAUGAAGAAGCUUCUGACAGCAGAAUCUGGAUUAGAACCAGGAGAUCAACGGCUAAUAUUCCGAGGAAAAGAGAGAGAGAAUGGGGAGUACCUGGACAUGAGUGGAGUCAAAGACCGAUCAAAAGUCAUCCUGAUCGAGGACCCAUCGAGCAGAGAGAGGAGGAUCAUCGAGAUGCGUAGGAACGCCAAGAUCCAGACCGCACAUCGCCAAAUCAACGACAUAUCCACGGAGGUCGAUAAGCUGGCGGAGCAGGUUUCUGCAAUUGAAAAGUCAAUAGCAAAUGGGAAUAAGGUACCAGAAGUUCAGAUCACUACACUGAUUGAGAUGUUAAUGAGGCAAGCUGUCAAGCUUGAUACGAUUUCCACUGAAGGAGAUGCUUGUGCUACAAAAAACUUGCAGGGCAAGAGAGUGCAGAAGUGUGUUGAAGCCCUUGAUGCUAUCAAGGUAUCAAAUGCAAGAAUAAAGCCCGUGAUUGUCACCACCAAAUGGGAGACCUUCGAUCCUCCUCCUCUUCUUCCUCCUUCAACCACUACUCAGUGGGAAUUUUUUGAUUGAUCUUUUUCUUUUUCUUUUUCUUUUUCUUUUUCUUUUUUUCUUUUCUCCCACCUAUUUUCUUUCUUCAUUCAUUUUUCUGUAUUAGCUUGAGAAAAACAUAAGCCAGCUAUUAUGCUUGUACUUAUAGCCUCCCCUCCUCCACGAACUCCCUAAUAAACUUUGGUUAUAAUAAUUAAUGGAUAACUAAAGUUUUGUUCAAACACUUCAAUGUGGAUAUAUUCUUUAUUUAAGCAAAAAAAUAUCAUGAAAAAUGAUAACAA